GCCGCCAGCUGACCAUCUUCAACAGCCAGACGACGGUGCACGUCGGCGGAGGCGAAAAGGGCGCGCCCAUGUUCCAGGGGCAGCUGUCCGGCCUUUACUACAACGGCCUCCGCAUCCUCAACAUGGCCGCCGAGGGCCACCCGCACAUCAGAGUGGAGGGCAGCGCCCGGCUGGUCGGCGACAUGCCGUCCUCCUCCAUCACCCCGCAGUCCGGCGCCGCGACCGGAGGCAACCGCUCCGACUCCGCCCCCUCCAUCAGCGACAUCACGACCACCACGGCCACGAACAGGAAGCAGGGCGGGACGCCGCAGUCGGCGGACGACCUGCUGGUGGCGUCGGCUGAGUGUCCGAGCGACGAUGAAGACAUCGACCCCUGUGACCUUAGCUCAGCCGGCCCUCCUCUGCCAGAAGUCAAGGUGUUCCCGGGCCCGUCCGAGGUGGUGCGGGAGAGCAGCAGCACCACGGGCAUGGUGGUGGGCAUCGUGGCGGCCGCCGCCCUCUGCAUCCUCAUCCUCCUCUACGCCAUGUACAAGUACCGCAACCGCGACGAGGGCUCGUACCACGUGGACGAGAGCCGCAACUACAUCAGCAACUCGGCCACGCAGCCCAACGGCAGCGCCAAGGACAAGCCGCUGGGCAUCGCCAAGAUCUCUAAGAACAAAAAGAACAAAGACAAGGAGUAUUAUGUCUGAGGUGGAAUGUCCCAGAGACACAGACACUUACACCUUUAUAUAUAAUGGUAUCUGUACAUAAAUAGAUAUAUUCUCCAAGAAAAAAAGAAAAAAAAGUCAUAGACAUGGACAAAGACUUGAUGAUUUUAAUGUUUACUCCCCAGUAAUCAAACCUGCACACAUGCUGGCAAGCACAAACAUACACAAACAAGCCCAUACACGCACACAUUUAAACACACACAUCCAGACACGCCUGAGGGCCCUGGCCCUUACUGUGUACAGUAUUUACCAAUGAGCAGAGCCUCUCUCAGAGGCUUGUUUUAUGAACAUAAACACCAUUCCAAAUGAGUUAGAAAGCACCAGUUCAUCUCCCAGCUACAAACCAUUUUUGAGGCCAGACGAGACACGUGUCUGCCACAGCCGGACCUCUGGACUGAGCGAGGUUGAGGAGGACUUUUAAGUGAAGCACACGGCAGGCUGAGUGGGCUGAGUGAGAGGCAGCACACAAGAACAAAGAUGAUGUAAAAGCACUAAGUGUCUCUUCCAAGCUUCUUGGCCUUCCUCCCUGUUAGCAGAUGGGACUCGACAAAGCACAGAGGACRCCGAGGAGACAAGCACAUCGACGGUUCAAGCCUAGCCCCGAGGAACAGGACAGGAAUUCAUUGUGUAGCCGUGGAGAGGCGGUGAGUUACGAGUGAAACAGGCAGAGGCAGGGCUGGUGCCCAUUAAUGUAACAGAUGAGCUGUGGUCGUUACGCCGCAGAGCUGAUGUUUUUAACGGGGCCCUGUAAAUCACAGAGGUGGAAUCAGGGGAAACGGMGAGGUGUUUUUCCUGAACGGGAUACUUGAGACUUCAGAUGCUACCUACAGACGCCGGUCGCGCACGACUGCAGUGUCUCCCACACAAACAUACACAAAACACACGCAGAGUUAAAGUUGAAAGACCCACAAUCUCUUUGAAUCGUGACUGACUCUGAAGACGGAGGUGAAAAGGAUCACUAUGAUAAUUGUUAUGACAACGAUAACGAUGAAUAACCUUCGGGCAGUACAGACUYUAGGGAAGGGAGGGAGGGGGGAAUCUUAUUGCACGUGAAUUAUCUUACUCCGUGUGAUUUAUACUGCGUUAAAAAGAAGAAAAAGAAAAAAAAGAAGAAAAAAAACUCCAGAUAACACCGCCAUCGUUAACUUUUUGGAUUGAAGUAAACACACAGACACACAUAAACAUGCUCCGAAAGUCUUGUUUUACUCAGUUUUAUUUAAUUUUGUUUUAAGCGACGGUUUUUGACGAUGAUUCAGAAUCAACUCUCCGUUCGAAUCUUUAAAGUGUGACCAUCUCGAGUGUGCUGCAUGCCUGAGUCUCUCUGAGCUGUGCUGUGGAGUGGUGGUGUGUCCAGGUUUUUAUUUUUUAUUUUUUAUUUUAUUUUAUUUUUUUGUUUUUCCUCCCAUGCGGGAGGGGGAGGGGAGUGUAGCAGGUCGCAGUGUAACACCUGGAUAUGUGUGCCUAAUCACAGGUGAAGUCCUGCUUUCUAUUUUGAUGUCCUGUAGGCCACGCCCACCAGUACCUGCUCUAACCAACCACCUUUUAUAAAAAAAGAAACAGCAGAGGAAAAGAAAGGAAAGUAAAUGUUACCGUGUGUUGCUAAUAGAUAGAAAAGCCCAUUUCUUGAUGCCAUAUCAGMUACACUUGAGUUGCUUUACCUUUGUUCUCUCUUUGCCUCCAUUCUGCCGAUCAGCUCAUCGAUCAACACCCCCGAUGUCCCGGGAGGGAUUUCUUGUUCGGCCUAAUCCUUUCUUUCGAAGUGUGUGAGCGCUCUACAGCUCAUGAACUGUAGCCCCCAACCCGCCUCCCCCCAGCCCCAUGAACUAAUACAUAACACAAACAGUGCCAUGAGUCGAGCAAAGCCCCUCCAGUUCUUCCAACAACGUAACUAACCAGGCGGAUGCAUGCAAACAUGGACCAGGGCAAGGAGGAACAUAAAACUGACUGUGAGACCUGUGAGAUUUCCCGUGUGUCGUCAAAAUUAACAUGUUCCCAUUAUUCUAUCAUCCCCAACUGGCCUUUUGGACCUCCUUUACCUGCCCCCUUUUUUCUCUUCUUGUUCAGUACGUCCCCUCUCUCUGGAUUCAUCCAUGUUUCUGACUUUCUUUCCACCACCCACCCCACCCUUACCAUCUCUGUUGUGUUAAAGCAAAGGAGGCGUCUCAACCGACGGGAUUCCACGUUUAGGUGUUUCAUUGACCAUGUUUAUUUUCUAUAUGUACAAUUUUUCUACAGUAUUUUACUUUUAUUUUUAUUGUUACGGUUCUUUGAUGAACAUAAAGUGGAAAUUUAUUAUAAAAAAAUAGUUUUGAAGAUUAAUGAGUAAAUAAAAUAUUACCCAAGUGA